CGUGUGUGUGUGCGUGCAACAGGACAUUGUCAUUAUCAAGCCUUCUUACGACCAUCAGGAAGAUGUGACAGUGUGUUGCCGCAGCAGUUUAACAGCGUGACAGAUAACAGCAUGUCUGUCAACUGUCAGCCUGGCAGAUGAGUGGCAGAGGCAGGAAAAAGCCCAUUCUUUCCCAUCUCUGUGACGCGCAAGAAUCAGGAGUGUAUCAGCAGGUCACACAAAGAAUCUCAGGAAUGAAGGACGGUUGUGUAGUAGCAUCUGUUCUCAUCUGUUCAGGUGAUGAACAGAUGAGUUAUUCAAAUCUGUUAAGGAACCAGACUUGACAAAUCUAAAAAGACUUUCAAGUUGACUUGGACUUCAACACCAACGACUCAUAACUUUACUUGGACUUGAGCCUUUCACCUAAAAAAUAUUUUAUGCCUGUCUUAAUUUGGGACUUGACUUGGGACACAGUUGCACAGACUUGAGACCUACUUGCGACUUGCAAAACAAUGACUUAGAUGUUUUCGAAUGUCAUUAAUAGAGGUGGAACUGACUAGCCUCUUGGUAGCAGUGGCAGUCUGUCUCAUCAUGUACAGUUUAUGUCUAAAGCUCCCUGUACAUCUCUUGAAACCACGUAUUCUUGAGUUGUACCUUACUCUUACAUUUUAUGGAGCCUCUUGAACCAAGAUAACCUAGUGCAGGCACAGUUUCAGUUUACUAGAAAAGGAAGUAAAAAGAACAUUUUGUCAAGCACAGAGGGGGGUGGGGGGUGGAGGAUUGUUACUUUGUUGAAUGAACAUAAAUGACUAUUUUGUACGACUUGAAAUGCCCUCCAGACUAACCGUCAGCUCAGUAUCUUUCAUCCUUGAUCAUUAAGGCCUCACACCUCAUUGCAUUUCAAUUUCAUUUGGACAAGUGUUGUCUAAUAGAUAUAUCCUGUUACAUUCAACAAUAUCAACAGAGCAUUGGUAUAUUUUGUCUAAAAGAAAUAGUCAAUGGAGCCUAGGCGGCAGCUUGCAGAACUCCACCAUUUACAAAGCAAAUAAACAAAUGAAGAAUAUCAACCCUGGAGCACCCACCCAAACAAAAUAGCGCUUCCACAAGGAAGAGGCUACAGGACAGUGUUUACAAAAUCCUCAUUAAGGAAGUUGUGAGAUAACACACGCUCAUGUGCAUCACACAAAGUUGAAGGCACGUACGCACACACACCAGCAAAGAGACCAUAAGCACUGAGCAAUGCAGAGCCCACCAUAUCAUAGAUAAGGGACAGAAAGAAAGAGCUGGGAAGAAGAGAGCAGAACAUAGAGAGACUGUCAGAGAAGAGGACGCAACAGAGAUGACUCGGACGGACCAAGCCAAGCCUCGGCCACCCUGUCUCCGGAACUGCAGCCCUGUCGCACAGGACAUCAAAAGGUGUGCAAGUGAAUAAAUGCUGUGAGAUCAAGACAGCAGCAGGAACACACACGCCUGCAGGGAGGCUCCCAGUGGUCAGUGCAAGGGUCAACAACUCUACUGUGUACUGCCAAGGAUCCAGAACUUUCUUUGCAGAUGAACUGACCACAAUAUUAAUUAACCUUUGGAUUGAGGCAUUCAGAGAUCAUAAUAAUUUUGUCUUACUCUUGCAUCGACUCAUCUAAAGACAACCCCAGAGGGCGAACAAUAGAAAGCUGCAGAUAAUUUUUCCCAUGGCGAGUAUUUGGGUCUCUCAACUGGGAACCAUCUGCAGCUCCACAACUUUGCUCUUGCUGUUUUCCACCCUUCUGCUCCAGGGGCCUCUCUGUGGACUGAGCAGCCCAAUUUCAAAUGCCCAUCAGAGACAUCGCCCUGCUCCAGGGCUAGGAGAUGGGCAUGGAGGGGUGGUGGAUCCAUCACUUCUGGAGCAGGACAACAACGUGGAUAUGCAGAGCCUGAUGGAGAGCCUGAAAGAACAGUUUCUUCGGACUUUCAACCUGACUGGCUUGGGUCCUCCACCCCUGUCUCCUGGAAGCACAAGAGAAGAGCCACCUGAGUACAUGAUGGAGCUUUACAACCGUUUUGCUAAUGAUCGCACUGCCAUGCCCACCUCCAACAUCAUACGAAGCUUCAAAAAUGAAGAUUCAUCUCCCAGUGUUGUGGGCACUGGAGGAGUCAGACGUCACCCACUCCUCUUCAAUGUAUCAGUCCCUCAUCAUGAACAUAUCACAGCGGCUGAGCUUCGCCUCUACACUCUUGUCCAGACUGACCGCCACCUCUAUGCUGGUGUCGACCGCAAGGUUACUAUCUAUGAAGUGGAAUUGCAGGUUGGAGAUGACAACAUGACUGAUGAAAACCCUGUGAGAGGUGAUGCGUUUAGCAGAGGAGGAGAGCGGAUAGAGUUGGGGGAGUUGGCGUCACGCCAGGUCUAUGGCACUGAUAAUGGCUGGGAGGCUUUUGACCUCACUGCUGCUGUUCAACGCUGGCGCAAAUCUGAGCGUGGCACCACACACCGGUUGGAAGUGCACAUUGCCAGCAUGGCAAAUGAGGAUAAUGUUCAAAUCACAGAGGACAACAAAGACAUGAAUCCAACUGAAGGGGACAUGAAGAUUGACACUAGCCCUGAGGAGAAACACAAACCUCUGCUGAUUAUUUUUUCUGACGACCAAAGUAGCGAUCACCGUGAAGACAAGCGCGAGCUGAAUGAGAUGAUUGACCAUGAAACCUCCAACAUGGUUUCCCAGAACGACUUGGGGACAGGCCUAAACGGGGUGUGGGAUGAGCUGGGUAGGGACAGGAAUGAGGGAGAUGAAGAGGCAGAGCCAGAUGAAGAGGACCUUAUCCAAAUGCGAUCCAAUCUGAUUUACGACACGGCAUCUCGCAUUCGUCGCAAUGCCAAGGGAAACCAUUGCAAGAAGCAGUCUCUUUACGUUGAGUUCAAGGAUAUUGGAUGGGACAGUUGGAUCCUGGCACCCACUGGUUACGAUGCCUUUGAGUGCACUGGCAUUUGUUCCUUCCCCCUGACAAAGCACGUCACACCCACCAAGCAUGCCAUUGUCCAGACUUUGAUUAACAUUAACAGUCCUCAGAAGGCGGCACGAGCUUGUUGUGUACCCACCAAGCUUGACCCCAUUUCCCUGCUGUAUUUGGAUGAUACAGGUGUGGUCACCUACAAGUACAAGUUUGAAGGCAUGGUGGUGGCUGAGUGUGGCUGCAGAUAGUCCGUGCUUUGAGAGAGUUCAACUCUUAGUAAAGUCUUACAACAAGAGGAAAGACAUAGAACAACAGAUAAGGUGACAAAGGAGGUUAGCCUAAAUUAUCUUCAACAAAGGGACUAUUGCUGGAAUCUCUGUAAGGGUUACUCGGCAAGAUUGGAGUUGCAAAUUCACUAUUCAUGAAACUAAGUGUUCUCCAAAUAAAUGAUUGUGGACAAAUAGACAGCAAAACAAAAACAAGUACUUCAUCUAAAGGCAUGAAUAUAAGUUGCCAUCGUUCAUACAGCGCAAAGACAGUGUACUGCAGAUCUGCAGUUGAUAUGUUGCCAGUUGUGAUGCCAAGGUGUUUCCUCAUACCCACAAGACUGAAAAGGCACAAGUUUUCCCAAAGGACCAAACCAAGCACAUCCUACUGUGUGUGCGGCCUGGUGGGAACCAGUGGGCCAGUAGUCCCCCUCCCUGUCCUUCCCCCUGACAUCUGUCUUCCUCUCCACUUAUCUCUGGCCUCCCUACUCGAUGCAAACACUAAUCAGCACUUCAUGUGUCCUGGCGCUGUGAAAUGACCCCCCUUGAGGCAACCUGACAAGACAUGAACUCUCCAGGCUGACCUCCUGCCUCCUGCAGCCUCCUGAUACGUAGGCGCUGUGCAGGGGUCCCAGCGGCAGGGUUAUCAAUUCCAACCCUGUUUCCCACUUCACAUGCCUCUUUUCCACUCCCCCUUGCACAGUGAUACCAAGGUGUGGGGGGUUGAGAAACAUGAAUGCCACCACUCAGGCUUGGAGAACUAAACGCCAUUCUGGGUAACUUUUGAGGUGGUGGGAUGGGGGAGUGGGACAGGACAAGGGGGCAGGGGUUGUCCACAUUCCUAGGCAACAAACAAUUUUAACUGUCUCAACUCACUGACCCAGCACCAUGUGCCCCUAACAUAUCUCCAACUCAGUUGAGUCAUCCAUCACUUUUAUGGUAAAAACGGCCUUUUUUGGACAGAUGGCCAAACUCGUGAAUAGAACAGGGGGCACCUUGUUACCUUAACUUUAUGGAUAUCCAAAGAAAAUGCAGUUACAGAAAUAUGGUUUCUUUGUUUUAAAGCCUUUUGAUACCUCUGCUGCUUGUGUCAAGUAAAGACUAUUUAUUGUUUAAUUUAUUGAUUUUUACAACAGAGUAGAUAACUAUAUAUGUACAUUUGUAAGUUACGAAGAGUAAAGCAGGUUGUGUAUCCAUGACAAUGCAUUUGCAGCACAAAAUUGUUUCUGUUGGGAAGAUAAAUGGUAAUGAUUUCAAAAACAAUAAAGAACAAUUACUGAA